CUCUCUUUUUGUCCUCUCUCUCCGCCCUCACAAUAUUCCAGGGCAUCUGAGCCAGCAGUGGCUCGAACAGAGCAGCAGGGAGCCACGGACGGAGCAGGACCUCCACACAGUUCUUUAAUAACCAGGAUCUCCCCAAGAACCCAUUACAAACGCAAGAAAAUUUCAGACGUAUUCUUGCUUCAAAGAAUAGUGGCUAAGGAGGACAGAUGGACUUCAGGGCAGCCCUUAAGCCCCGUGCGGGGCCUAAGCUGGGGUCAGAGAUCAAGACAAACACUCCAGCCAAAGUAGACUUUAGGUCAGUGUUGGGGAAGAAAGAGGGAGGCUCACCCAAACCACCUCCACCAGAGCCGGAUAACAGCAGUGCACCUGCAGACUUCAGGUCCAUCCUCAAUAAGAAGAAGAACAUAGAAUCAGAGAAGCCUAGCGCAAAAGAUCCAUCUCCUACAACAGCAAUCGCUAAGGACAAACAAACCAGCAUUAAUGGUGUGAAUGUAGCUACAGAUAACAAAAAGAAUGAUUUAGUAGAAAAAGAAGAGACUGACAAAAAGAAUGAUGCAGGGACUACAAAAAAGGAGAUCAUUCCAUGCACAGAAAAGAAAAAUGAUAGUGUUAUAGUGGAACCAAAGAACAAAAAUGGGAGCGUCAGUCAGAAGAAGGGUAAUGAUGUGGACGGGAGUUCAGCCAAAGAGAAGAGCGUGGCAAAUUCUGUGGAUGGAGAUGAUGGCAAGAAAAAGGGCACAGGCAAAGCACCUGUGUUCACACAGCCUCUGAGUGAUUUGACGGUUCUCGAUGGAGAGCUGCUGAGGUUAGAGUGCAUGGUGACCUCUGACCCUCAAGCUGUCAUCACCUGGACACUUGAUGGGAAAGUUGUGAAGCCGUCGAAGUUUAUUGUCUUAUCCAACGAAGGGGGCAAGUGUUCACUUACCAUAGACAAAGCCCUUCCUGAGGAUGAGGGGCGUUAUUUGUGCAAAGCAGAGAACGCAGAAGGAAAAGCUGAAUGCUCCUGCAUGGUUCAUGUAGAUGAUCCUUCAGAUCCGUCAGCAGAAAAGAAAAACAAGAAAGGCUCAUCAUCAAUACCUACAACAGAGAAUGAAGCCAGGAUAAAGAAGAAACCAGCCCCAAAGUCUCCCACCAAACAAGGUUCUCCUCCCCAGGUUCUUCAAUUCCCUGGGGAUCUCAAGAUCAGAGCAGGAGAGAAGGUGGAGCUUCUGUGUAACUUUGGAGGGACUGCACCCAUUACCUGCAGUUGGCUCAAGUUUAAAAAACCGAUCCAGACAGGAAGUGGCGGCAUCACUAUAGAGACCUCGGAGAAUAACAGUCAGUUGACGAUUGCAGCGAGCGACCAAGACCACUGUGGCUGCUACACACUGGAGCUGCAGAACAAAUACGGCACCAAGCAGACCUCUCUCAACCUUACUGUCGUAGACAAACCUGAUCCACCAGCUCGUGUCCCGGCUGCGUCAGACAUCCGCCGUUCCUCGCUCACCCUCUCCUGGUAUGGACCCACAUAUGAUGGUGGCAGUAUUGUCAAGUCGUACAACUUGGAGAUUUGGAACUCCCUGGACAACACUUGGAGUGACCUCACUUCCUGCAACAGCACCUCCUACCAUGUCCAGCAGCUGCUCCCUGACCGCCAGUACAAGUUCCGCGUGCGUGCGGUUAACAUGUAUGGUAUCAGUGAACCCAGCGCCGAGUCGGAACCCGUCACUGUGGGAGAACCAGAGGUGCCAGAAAAAAAAGAAGAAGAAGAAACAGAGGCUGCAGCUUCUGAUGAUGAUUCAGAUAAAGAGCCCGAGUAUAGGGAUGUUGUCAUAAAGAAAGAGAGCACAGUUAAAGAUUUCUAUGACGUAGAGGACCGCUUGGGCACUGGCAAAUUUGGUCAGGUAUUCAAACUGGUGGAGAAGUCGACCAGAAAGGUGUGGGCUGGUAAGUUCAUCAAAGCUUUCUCGCAGAAAGAUAAGGAGAACGUGCGACAGGAGAUCAGCAUCAUGAACAGCCUUCACCAUCCUAAACUUGUGCAGUGUGUGGACGCCUUCGAGAGCAAAUCAGACAUCGUGAUGGUUUUGGAAAUGAUCUCUGGUGGCGAGCUGUUUGAGCGAAUCGUUGAUGAAGAUUUUGAGCUGUCCGAGCGUGAGGUCAUUAAGUAUAUGCUCCAGAUUAUCGAUGGUGUUCAGUUCAUCCACAAACAGGAAAUUGUGCACCUGGACCUCAAGCCGGAGAACAUCAUGUGCAUCAACAAGACGGGCAGCAAGAUUAAACUCAUCGACUUUGGCCUCGCACGAAGGCUAGUGGACUCCGGUUCCCUCAAGGUUCUCUUUGGAACACCAGAGUUUGUAGCUCCUGAGGUUAUUAACUAUGAAGCGAUUGGCUUUGCAACGGAUAUGUGGAGCAUUGGGGUGAUCUGCUACAUCCUUCUCAGUGGUCUCUCUCCAUUCAUGGGAGACAACGAUAAUGAAACGCUUUCAAAUGUUACCUCAGCGACCUGGGACUUUGAGGAUGAAGCUUUUGAUGAGAUCUCUGAGCAGGCCAAGGACUUCAUCAGCAACCUACUGAAGAAAAAUAUGAAAGCCCGAUUGACCUGUGCACAGUGUCUGGAGCACACAUGGCUUAAACAGGACACCAAGAACAUGCAAGCCAAGCAACUCUCCAAAGAACGCAUGAAGAAGUAUAUACUGAGACGCCGAUGGCAGAAAACAGGAAAUGCAGUGCGAGCCAUCUCCAGAUUCAGCUCCAUGGGAAUGUUAGGAGGAAUCGGGCUAAAGAAAAACUCACCAACUGAAGAAGCACCACCUGCGCCGUUCCUAGAGACUACGGAAGAAGAAAACCACACCCCCGCUCCUCCCAGCUUCUCCCUCAUCGUCCAGGAUGUGGAGGUGGUGGAGGGUAGCGCCGCCCGCUUCGACUGCAAGAUCGAGGGCUACCCGGAUCCUGAGGUGGUAUGGUACAAGGAUGACCAGCCCAUCAAGGAGACACGUCACUUCCAGAUCGACUAUGAAGAGGAUGGCCACUGCAGCCUGGUAAUAUCCGAAGUGUGUCCUGAUGACGACGCCAAAUACACCUGCAAAGCGGUGAACAGCCUGGGAGAAGCCAGCUGCACGGCCGAAUUGAUGGUGGAGUUCAUGCAUGGGGAAGAAGGAGAUGGUGAGGAGGAGGAAGAAGAAGAGGAGUGAGUAACACUGUGGAUAAGUUAAUGCUGGCAAGACGGGACGAGUGGAAGAACAGGUGGAAGAUUGGAUACAGUGGGAGCUUUGAAUCUCUUAAAGCUUACAUUAUUUCUCUGCUGCUUUUGUUGUGAACACGGACUGUAAGUCUUACACCAACGCAAACAUUCAUGCACUUGUUGUCUUUACAGAGCAAUGGUAAAAGAGUACGGACUGUUUUGUGUGAGUGCUCAGCAAGAUCAAAGACAUUCCAGCUUGUGCUUGGUUUCUGAGAAUCAGCAGCCGCUGAGAUCUGUUUGGCCAAAAAUGGACAAGUGUCAGAACUGCACGCUUUGCUGAACAAACCUUUCAGUGCCUACAUUUGGACAGUCUCCAGAUCAUCAGCACAUAUUUUAGAAGACGGGUCACACCACUUUGGCUUCCCCAGUCUAUCAGCUUUUUUUGUGCAUGUUUCACGGUUCUGCUUACACUCUAGCACACUCAAGUGGUGAAAAAAAAGACAUGUAAUGUAUUUCAACACUCACGUAGCCUAGUGUGAUAUUUCAUUCUAGAUUACGGCUACCGAUACACUUUUGAAAACCUGACUGUAUAAACAUUAUUUUUAUCUGACGAUCUGACUCGUGUAGACAUCAGAAGUAGCAAGUAUUUUUACUUCUUUAAUUGGUUGAUUUGGGGCUCUGUAUUGGCAUUUAAUAUCACUAUAAUAUCACAGUGCUCUGAAAGGCAUUAAAUCUCUCCACCAGACUUUAGGAAUUUUGCCUGUACUAUUUCAGUUCUAAGAUUUUCACCAUUACUUUAGUCAACUUGCAUGACAAAGCAUCAUUGCAUACUGAGGUUGAAUAUGAUUUAGAAGGUCCCAUCGCAGUCCUCAUCCUUUAUUUAUGUCUUUGUACAGGCUUUUGCCACCUUGCUGGGGGUUUCUGAGUCAUCUCAGAGAAGGAAUUAGUUCAAACUAAUAGAACCUAAACCUGGCUUUGGCGAGUUUUACACUUUACAUAAUUCGGCAAAAAUAGUCACUGAGAGGAAUACAGAACACACAGAAGGAUAUUCAGAAGUAUACUGAACACAGACAAAAUCGUAAACCAGGUAAACUAUUGUUUAAAUUAAAUGUGUUGAUUUGAUCAGUAUCAUCAUUGGUUUGCUUCCGAAUUUGAGUGGCCACAUAAAUAAACGUCUUUCCCUCUCUUA